AUGUCACUGCAGUUGGAAGUGAAAGUCUUGGACGGUCUUAGUGGAAAGGGGCAAAGUAUUAUCAAAGCCAAAUUCAGAGACCGUGAACUCUCUACCAAACCAGCUCAUGGACAGAAUUCAUGCUACUUCGGAGAGGAGUUAGUAUGGAAAGUCGCUCGACGUUUGGAAGAUAAUGAUGAUCUUGUUAUCACCGCCUAUGACUACAGCAAAUAUCGAAUGAAGAAAAUGCUUGGUUCAGUGACUGUGAACCUAGCCACUUUAGCUCAGAGGCACGUGCUUAAUUUGGAGGAACAAUUGGUUGAUAGUGGCAAAAUGGUUACCAAUAUGACCCUAUCAUUUGAUCUCUUCUAUCGACCUCCAGACCAAGGAGAGGCAGACUUAGAUAUUGACAGAUUCGGACAUCCACUUGCCGAUCUGAGUGCAGUCAGGGGAGCAGAUGACCUUGGAGAAGGCGACGCCGAUUUUGGUGACGAUGCUCUAGGAGUGGGAGAAGAUUUCGACGAUUUGUACGGAGUGGCACCCAGUGGAAAUUUGGAUCUCGAUGAUUUUUCAGACAAAUCUUCAGUUCUUUCUGGACCUGUUCGAAGGGAUCCAAGGUUAAGGCCUCUAAUUGAUCCAACAAUUCUCAAGUCCGAAACUUUCACUAUGUCGGUGACCAUAGUUGAGGCAAAGAACUUGCCCGGUGUUAAUGUCAAUCCAAUGGUUGCAGUCACUGCCGCUGGAAAGACACAGAAAACAAAUGUGAAAUUCUAUACAAACAAUCCCUACUACAACAAUUUGUUCUCUUUCGAGUACUUCCUUCCUCUUGUUGCGGUUCUGGACGAGCUUAUUUGGAUUCGUGUAUAUAGCUUGAACGCCAAGAUGCUCGCACGAAUACUCCCUGGAAAGUUAAUUGGUGAAUUCGUUAUCGAUGUUCGAUCAAUCUAUGAAAGCAAAGGCCAUGUUCUUACAAACAAAUGGGCCGUCUUGAUCGACCCAAAGAAGCCCCUAAGUGGACCUCAGGGCUACGUUAGAAUUGAUCUGUCUUUCCUCGGAAAAGACGAUAUUCCCAAGCACAUCAAACACGAGAAAGACGGCGAGGAGAUAAGCCUUGAAGGGAAUCAACUCGUUCCUAAAGGAAUUACUAAUCUUGCCAAGAGAAACAUUACAGAGUUUUCUGUUAAAAUCUACCGAGCAGAAGGCUUACCACCAAUGAAUACAGAUAUCAUCACUUCAAUAAAACAGGCUUUUGCCGGUGAAUCAGCUCCUAUGUGCGAUCCCUUUGUGGAGGUAUAUUUCGGUGGGCAUAAGGCAAAGACAAAGGUUAAGAAGUACACUUAUACUCCAAUUUGGAAUCAGGAGAUCAUAUUUUGUGAUUUCUUUCCUCCUCUGACUCACACAAUUCGUCUGGAAGUCAAAGACUGGGAGCCGGUGAAAGAUGAGAUCAUCGCCACUCAUUUAAUUGAUCUCAAGUCGAUUCUAGAUAAGAGUAGUGAGAAUGUGAUGCCGACCUUUGGUCCGUCCUGGGUAAAUCUUUAUGGAACGCCAAGAACUUACACUUACGAACAAGCUAGAAGACCCGAUGACGAAUUGAAUCGAAGUCUGGGAGAAGGUGUUGCUUAUCGUGGACGUCUGCUGCUUGCCAUCAAGGCUCAACCAAGUAAGGAUGCUAUGAAGACUGGAGCUAUCACUCGAGGAACACCACCGGUUUCUGAGUUUGUGGCUGGUCGUAAGAAUCCCUAUUUACUCUUCAUUGCUUUCUACGGCGUCUCCGUCGUGGAUCCAGAAAUCGGCGCUGAAAAGUUGCCUAUUCAGUUUGAAGUUAGUAUAGGCAACUAUGGUAAUAAGAUUGAUGGCAAAAAGGGUGGUAUUCUCAUGAGAGAAGAGCAACCACGAAUCCGUGUUGGUACGCUUUUGAAUAUUCCUGGUUGCCUAACACAACGCUAA